AUGAACCUUGAAGCUUUAAAAGAAGGCGUAAAUAUUUGGAGAUGCGAUCAAGAAAAAACUUUUGUAUAUUAUUUUUUUUUCCCAGAUAGCUUUCGAAUUUAUCUUAGUCUUGAAUGCUUUAAUGCGCUUAAUGGGCGCAUGAACAUAUUCCGGUGUGAUUUUAUAGCUGACAAUUUAUUUUUUUUUUUUUUUAUUUGCUUAUCUGGCGAUUGGUGUACUGCGUUCUUUACGCUUUGCAUGUACUUGGCGGUGAAGGUUCGGGUGAUGAUAAAAAAGUUAAUAGUUAAAGCCGAUGAAAAUACAAGAAAAUAUCUUGCUCAAUAUGAGGCUUCAAAAGACAUGACUAAGCCACAGGAUAUAAGAAAUCUACAACCUCCAAUAAAUUUGCAGUAUGAAAAUAAACUGGCUUAUCGAACAUCACCAGCUACAGAAAUAAA